CCCUUGAUAUAAAAGGUGCUGAUUUGCGGGUUUAGAUCGCUUGAAGUUGUCUGUUGAACAUCCAUCCAUCGCAUAACGAACAGAAAGGCAGAAUUGACACAAUUUGAAGAUGAAAGUUGCCGUGUACUUUGUACUACUAAUUACAGUUUUCAUUAGUUGUGCUCAAAGCCAGAAGAAACGUGGUGAUUGCACAAGUGAGGAAUAUAUAGGUGACGUGCAAUCCUGUCAAUUAAUACUUGUACAAGACUUACAAAAGAAUCCAAAGUCCGACUGCAGUGGUGAGGCUUCCAAGUACUACGAAUGCGCUGUAAAAACAAUGAAGAAAUGCUACCCAAAUGCUGAAAUAAGUGCUUUGAAAAGCAUGAUUCAAAGGACAUUUACGGUAGAUUUGCUAUGCAAAGAAGCAGCUUUGCAGUUUCCAACGCCUUCACGGAUCAAUGGAACCUUUCCCUGCAAAAUGGACCCUGCAGAUUACCAGAAAGAUGUCACGAAGUGCUCUGAGAAGUUGUUAAGUAUGUGGCAAGCAAACAAAGCAGAUAAGGGCACAUGCGG